AUGGCCAAGCGCAUCGAGGCGGAAAUCAAAAACAUCAUCGGGGACAUUUACGUGUCGACAAUCCUAAUCAGCAGCAGCCGGAUUGCCAAGCGAGAAGUCGCCCUCUUCCUAGGAAUUAGCAUAAACGAUCUGUUUCAGCCAUUCGGAUGCUCCAACCACCUGCUGAAUGACAAAAAUGAAGAAGUGGACCUAACCCUAAGUGGAGCUGUAAGCAUAAGUUACCUGAGCAAAAAUAAUGUCAUAUGCCAGAAGACAAUUGAGUACCAGAAAAUUAAGCUGCGAUUUGUUAGCCUUGAAGAAUACAUAGAUGUGAAAUUGGAUUAUUUGGAUAGACUCUUAAUUGACACCAUUUCUCAUAAUGAGCCGGAUUACAGCGACAUAUACAAUGAAAGAAACUUAAGUGCCUAUUUUGAGAAGAAUAAUCAGGACAAUACCGAGCAGAGUGACGACUAUUUUAACUACUUAUGUGCCAACUCAAAUGCGUUAGCAGCUGAUGUGAAGAAAGAAGUUUUGAGGAAGCCCACGGGGGGGGGCUUCCCCUCGAACAGUGUGUACAGCGAAAGGGUGGGAGAACCAAAUAGAGGAGGAACCCCCAUGUCUUCCCCCCCCACGGGAUAUGCUACGUCUGCUCCGUCUCCACUUCCACACUGCACAGAGAGAAAAGAAUCCCUAUCCAAUGUGCACAAAUAUAACGCCUUCUUCCUUCCGUGGUUUAGGACCUACUUUAAGACGGCCUGGAAGUACACUCACAUGUUUAGCGACAGCUCGUGUACCCCCCUAGGCCUCAUCUAUAUCUGCAGCACCAGUGACGAAAACGUAAUCGAUACAUACAAAAGCAUGAUGCAGAAGGAUCUAAAAAAGGAAAACGUCAACAUACAUCUACACAUUCCCAAGUGCAUAAUUCUCCUUCACAUCUCCAGCAACCACGAUGACGACAUAGAAACUGAUGUUCAGAAGCUGUUUGUAAAAAUUCAAUCCACCUUCCUCAACUUCAAGUGCCAUUUGCUUAUUAUUAAGGCGCAUCGAUUUUUGGAUAACUGCAUCGGAGUAGGGGUCAAAUUUGUGCGCGAGGUGGACACGGAUAAGGGGGAUCACUUAGAAGACGGUGUUGAGUCCCUCUCUAGUUUGAGACGCCCUUCUGAUGAUGAGCUGACCAAAGGAGGAAUAACCCAGGUGGGUAACCCCAACGAAGAGAAAACUCCCCCCUUAGAUGGGCCGAACAGACAAAGCGUUCACCAACACGGAGAGGCUAAAGCGAAUGGCACCCCCACCCAGCAGCUCUACUCCAAGGAAAGCGUCCUGGGGGACGAACGCUUAUUGUCCUACACGGAAAUUAACUCACUAAGGAGGAACAAAAACAAGUUCUCUGCACAAAAGAAUAACCUCCAACGUCUGCGAUUAAACAGCAUACAGGAGCUCUACGCCGACAACUUGGGUAGCCAUUUUAGUGACUCCACUCAGGAUGGAAUAAAAGCAGCCACAAGCAGCAUCGAAAUUGAGGAAAUGAAAAAAGUGAAAAGAAGCUUUUCCAAUCAAAUGAGUUCCGUUUAUGAUUACAUUUUGUCGGACGAAACUAUAUACAUCAGUAAGAAGGACCCCUUACAUUUGGACGAAUCCUAUUUCUGCUGCUGCCUCGAUCACGUGGACAUUGUCUCUCUAAAAAUGUUUUUUCAUAAUUUUGUGCAGAUUUGUGUGAUUCCCUACAUCAGUACUAUUACCUACGACAUCAACCACCUCAUUUUGAGGAAUCGAAAAACCUUGCGAAAUCAGUUGAAAUUCAUGUGGAAGAGAACAAAGUGGAAUUUCAGUUCAACCGAUGCUGCUUUGUUGGUGGCAGAACAGACAGGCAGUGCUUUUCUCAAUGUCGCGCAGAAUGUACUGGCAUCGAGCAGUGACGCGACAGGUGGAAGGGACGGGAUAGAUGGAAGUAACGCUCUCCCUGGUAACUACACACAGGAGGAAGAGAAAGAUGUCCUUCGAGGGGAUCAACAGAAAAGCAUUCCAAGCGAGUCUGCCUCGGUGCAAAGGAGCACAAGUGGGGAUUUGGCGCAGAUGGGGGAGGGCCCCGACGUGCUCGCCGCGAGUGGAGCGAAUGACGCGCCCAACACGGUUGACACAGCUAACAUGGGUCAUGCCGCCAACAUGGGUAACGCCGCUAACACGGGUAACCAGGCCAACACAGUUGAGGCGAAGAACUACGACAAGGAGCCCCUGGAGCAGCUGUACAAAACGCUAAGCGACGUGUACUUCAUCCUGGGAGAGUACGAACUGGCCUACGGCACUCUAAAAAUCUGCAUCAACGAAUUUAAGCAUGACAAGUCAUAUUUCUACUUAGGCAAUAUUUACAAACUUACGAGCCUUUCCAUUUUCAACAUGGAGAGUCAAGUGAAUAAGAAGGAUUCUCUGUACUACCUGGACCUUAGUUACCAGAUGUUUUCAAAGUGCCAGCACCUCAACUACAUGUUUAUAUGCUCCAUAUUAAAUUACUACUUAUCUCUGAUCCAUGAUGAGAAGAACGAAGCAUCGGUGAACAUUUUGAUAAACGCCAAUGUGGAUUUUACCUACCUGGACGAGAAGCUCAUUGAGGAGAGCAGACCCGUGGGGGAGGGGAGGAGACCCUCCAAGCUGUCUUUCCAAAUUAACAACAUAAGGUCUGGACUCCUCCUAGAACAAAUAACUUACACAAAUGAGCAAGCCAGCAAUUCAGUUCAUAGGAGUGAAGGUCCUGAUGUGGAGGAGGGCGCUAAACGGGGCAUCACUACCAUGGGAGAGCACCACCUGAACGGGCAAGGUGAACACGCACAGAAGAUUCUAAGUGAAGGUAAUAUAACAUCCGGGGAGGAUCAACCGCUUCACCCCCCGUUUGGACAAAGUUAUAAUGGGCACCACGACGAAGGAAACGAAAACAAAAGGGAGGACCCCCACCAGCGAAGAGAAACCAUCGACACGUUGACCAGCUCAGAUGAUUAUGAGGAGGAGGAGAGUCACCAAAGUGGGAAGCGAGGCAGCCGCAGUGUAGAAAAUGCCCUCCUCCAAGACGAUCCAGAUGAGCAAAUUGUGCAGAAAAAAAACGAUUACAAGUGUAGGAAAUACCUAUUCGAAAUGACCCUCGCAGGACACACAUUCAACAAAUGUGGAUUCAAGAAGUUGGCCCUCUUUUGCUACUCCAAGGUUCUAAAGAAAUAUGAAAAGAAAAAAAUGAAACACAUUUAUGAGCACUUGCAUUUUAUGAUGGCUCGGCAAGCAUUCAGUAUCAACUUGUACUACGAGGCGCUGAAUCACUAUAUCUGCAUUUUGAAUUCCAUCGCGAAGAGCUUCGAACAGUCCUACGUUCUAAACGGACACGUGGACAUUUACUGCGCAUCGCCAGACAAGGAGAUUAACUUCAUUAGGGAGUUCGCCUAUGUGUACAAAAUUUAUGUCGACCGAGUUUUGAGCAGAUUCUUCAGGCGGCUGCGGGAUCGGGGUGCCCAGCGAGGGACGCACGGGGGUAAGCAAAUGGAUACGAUGGGGGAUUCGGCGGGAGAACCAAACGAAGCUGUGUCCCAAGGAACGUCAUCCCAAGGAACUUCAUCCCACCGCGCUUCUUCCCCAAACAAGCCAAACCGAAUGCUGUACUUCCAGGAGGACAACGAGCAGAACAUAAUAAAACCCCUCAACCUCCGAAUCCCCCUCCUGCACAUAAGGGACGACGAAGGAUGCUUCCUAAACUCCGUCUAUGUCAGCAAAACGAACAUCUAUACGUACCAAAGAAGAAUCGAAACGAACUUCUUCAAUAUCAUCAAGGAUUGCCUCUUCAAAAUGAACAAGUACGACACGACACUUGAUGACCUGUUCACCAUCAUGGCGAAGGAAUUUAGAGAUUUAUCGCCAUCCAAUCUCCACGAGCUGAAUUACCUCCACGUCACAUAUAAGAAGUUUAUAAAUUGUGUCUUCAACGAUUGCAUUGAGUGUUCUUCAGCUGAGUUUUCCAUUUCUGACGGUGCGGAAGGUCAGGGUGGGUCUUCCACUGAGGGUGCCUCUCCCACGGGGGCUACCUCUACCCAAGGGAACUCGGAUAAGAACAACUCCCCGUGCACUGCACGACACGCACCCAUCAAGUCGAUCAACAUGACUCCAUUCGUAACUUCAAGCAGUAAAGAAUGCUUCACCACGUACAUCCACGAAUUGAAGGCAAAAUUUACCAACUGCCUCCCCCUCAUGCAGUCUGUAAGGGGGAAGAAUAUAUAUCAGAGAUCCACAGCCAAGGAGGAAACUAUUGUGAACAACAAGUUUGUUCAGUACGCUUCCAAGGGGGAAUUCAUAUUUGUGACUUUUAAGUUGGUGAAUCCUCUGCACACCAAGGUGGAAUGCCAGGGCGCUCACAUCUGUGCGCACUACUAUAACGGAAGCAUGAAUAGCGACAUCGAGGUUGAGAAGAGGGUAAUAAUUUUAGAGGCCAGGGAAACCAGAGUCUUCACGCUAUUCCUGCGCCCGAAGAAAAGGGGUUUGCUCUUCAUUUCGGGAAUAACGUGGCACCUAUUCGGCCUCGUCAAGGUGCACCAAAACUUCUUCACAUACGGCAUGAAGAAGUUAAACAAAAAGUUCGACCGCAUACACACCAUCAAGUACGACGAAGUGUACAACUGCGAUGGCAAGGAAGAGAAGAAGCAAAGUGUAAAGAGGCUCAACAAGGAAAUUAACUCAUACACGUGGUCUAGCAACAUAGGAAUGCCAGAAGGGAACAGUGCAGACAAAAUGAAAUACUACGACGUAGACAACAGACUUCUCUUCUACGUCUACGACAACACAUAUCAUUUCUCCUUCCAAUUUGAAAACAUCCGUUCGGGGGAGAAAAGAAACGUCAGCAACUACGAAGUCGAUUUUGUUGAGCUUCUCGAAGGUGAAGAGUUCGAGAUGGUCCUAAAAGCCGUUAACCACUCAGUCAUGCCAGUGAACUACCUAACUUUUUGCAUAACCCCAUCUAGCCUUUUUAACUGCUAUAAGGUAGUACAUAACGAAGAAGAGUACCUACUUGGGGAACCUCCAAAUGUGCAUCUUAUGUCGCACCAUGAGAAGGAAAAGAAGGAAGACACUUGUAGAGGGGGGUUCCCCCACGAGAAGAAUGCUCAGCCUGAGGAGGGGGAAAAAAUUCACCAAAAUGAACCUAACUCAAGGAGGAAACUCCUCUCCAUAGUUUCCGACCUCUAUUGUGAAGAGGCACUACGUGAAGACACCAAUGUAUUUAGGCAAAAAUUUAAAAACAAACAAAUUCAGCACAUAAAGAUCAGUGGAGAUAUCUCCCCAAAUGACGUUUUCUACCUGCACGUUCAGGUAAAAUCGAACUGUACGGGGAUGCACAAAUGUAUGAUAACAGCUUUGUGCAAAGAGAAAAAUGAAGAAAUCAAAGUGGCAGAUGACACGAACAUGAAGAAGAAAAAAGAGAGUUGCCUAAGUUAUCCAGAAAUGUUUGUCGACAAGAAGGAAAAAUGUUUUUUAUUUCUAAGACUGCUGCAUGUCGUUCCGUUGGUCAAGCUAAGUACAUACCUCCUUAACCCCUGCCAUGGUCCAAAUUCCUUCAUUUAUUUCUUCAUUCACAACUUGUGCAGGAGUGAUAUUUACAUGGACAACAUACUUUUGGAGCGUGAGAAAGGGGCGCGUUCUCUCGCCGGGGAAAAGGGCCCCGCAAAAAAAAGUGCAGGCGUCUACACCAGUGAAAAGGGUCCCCUUCAAACAAGUGCAGAUGUGCGAGCCAGUCCAAGCUUCACCAAAUUGAUUACCGUGCACGCGUCCGAUUUUGUGUACCUGAGGAAAGGAGAAAAAUCCACCGUGCUUCUCUGCGCCAGGGAGUCCCCUCCAAACCUAGCAGUGAACGUGUCUCGAAACUCCCCGCAGAAUGCAGCCCCUAUCGCUGUCCACAUGAACUGGGUCGUGAAGGAUGGAAAACACAGCCGAAAGGGAUCCAUGAAAAAGGCAGUCCACUUCUCCACCGAUAUAGUAACCCUCUCAGUGGACCAAACCAACAGAGACAUUUACCUGAAUAAACAAAAGGAACAAAUUUUCCAAAUAACAAUCAACAUUCAGAACAACUCAGGAGAAGACCUUACCAAUUUUUAUGUGCAAGCUGAAGAGGUGGACUCCAUGAAAUCGGGCCUCUCCAUGGACUGUUACGGCGAUGAAGAAGGACACGAGUUGGAAGUUCCCAUGGUGGAAGACCCCAUGUUGGACGUCCCUAUGGUGGAAGAUUCCUUAUUGGACGCUCCCAUCAUGUGUGUCGAUCGGGGGGAGGAACUCCCAGGACAGACCGAAUACGCACACAAGAAUGAUCUGUCGGAGGAGGUCGAGAAGAAACUCCCCUCCGUAAGUUGUAUCAACGCGAACGCCGCUGCCGGGGGGGAUAUGGGCAUACCCAUCUGCGCAAAUGAGGGGGGGCCAUUCCAAAUCGAUCAGGUGGUGGAAUACAACAACCUAUCCGCUGGGAUCUUCCCCCAAGGUAGCAUGGACGAAGCAAAAGGACAGGCCGUCGCCCCCCAUUUCUCCUAUCAGUCCACCCUUAACGACGAAAUAAGUAUUUUACAGAACAGCGUCACGGGGAAAAUCAACUUGUCCAAUUACAACCCCAUAAGCGCAAGCUACCGAUGGGAUGGUAACUUUGAGGUAAGCAUGUCGACGCGGUUACUUGGAACCGGCUGUCUCCCCGAUGAGGUGCAUGGGGAGAGCGAACCUGUCAGCGAAGGGGGUGGCGAAGGGGCUGACAAUAGGCACGACGUGAAGCAGGUUGAGAAGCACAUCGGAAAGCACAUCGACAAGCAGGACGUGAUAUUCGAGGCAGCCAAUUCAAUGGAAAAAAGAAACCUCCGCACGGAUAAAAUGACCAGGAGGUUCCACCAAACCGUAAGGGACAACACAUAUGUGCACAACAACGACUGCACAGACGCCCACCAAUGCACCCCACUGGGCAGCAACCUCCCACUAGGAAAUGUCCCGAAGAAGGAAGCCACAGGAAGAAGGGCCCUUUCAUUAAGCGGCUUCCUAUUCAUGGGAAUUGUCCAACGGUAUGUAAAAAGAUUGAAAAAGGGACAAAGCAAAAAGGUAUAUUUUAAUGUGCUCUUCACUCGGGAAGGAAUCUACAACAUAAAUAAAUUUCACGUCAUUUUCGACAUGAACAAUGAGACCUUCAUGGUGCAGCCGCUUAAGCAAUUAAUUGUGCAGGUGCAUCGGUGA